AGUACAGGCGAGAUGAUUUUCGAUGAGGUUUUCCACGCCUUGUCCAGAUGUCUGGCCGGUCUCGCUCAGCCCUUUACGGUCCCGGGAACGGAGCAGCUCUUCACCCCAAAGAUCUUCACCACCAUCCUGGUCUACUCCUCCAUUUUCGGCCUCACGUCACAUCAGGUCCUGGUACAGGGAUGUCAACUGGAGCGAACAGACCUGGGCCACUUCCUGCAUCACAUCUACCAGCAGCUCAAAGCGGUGGAAAGCAACAUCGCCCAUGUGCUCAAUCAGCAGCACGAAAGUUGCUCGGUGGAGUGUGGUCUCCAUGGCAACGGCGUGGAGGAUCCGCCUCCCAGGAGGCCGAACAUCUCCAUGGUGUCGUCGGACAUGGGCCUGGUCAGCAUGGUGCGCCAGGGCAUCCUGGCCCUGCAGCUGCUGCCUCCCAACUCCAGCGCCGGCAUCAUCAUCAUCACGGACGGCGUGAUGAGCGUCCCCGAUGUCGUCGUGUGUGAGACGCUGCUGAACCAGCUGAGGAGCGGGACCAUCACAUGCUCCUUUGUGCAGGUGGGCGGGCCGUACUCGUACGACUGCAGCUUCGGCUACAUCCCCAACGUGGAACUGAUGAAGUUCAUCUCGGUGGCCACCCUCGGGUCCUACCUGCCCAGCUGUCCUCCGCUGGACCUGGACAGCCACAACAUGAACGCCUACCACAAGGCCUUCCUCACCUAUUCCUUCCUCAAGACCCCCGAAGCCAUCAACUCGGACAUCUUAAGCGUGUCUCAGCACAAACUGUUCAACGAGCACCUGGUGUCGGCCAGCGGAAACCCGGCACUGGCGAUGCGCAGGAAGAAGCACACGGAAAAGGACGUGCACGCUCACCUAAUCAGCGUGGUGUCUGUCAGGCUCAGGGAGGGCUACACCAUCCGGGAAAUCAGCCUCACCAAAGGCGGCAGUCAGCUGGAAGUGAAGCUGGUGCUGCUGUGGAAGCACAACAUGCACAUCGAGUACGUGGCGUCGGCCCCGUGGCCGCUGGACCCCGGCAAGCGGACCACCCGGGUGGAGGUGACCAUGGAAGGCAGCUACGACAUCCUACACGACAUCAGCUGCACGCAGAGGAAGCCCAUCACAAGCUCCUACCGCACCUCGGUCAUCCGCCGCUUCUGGAACACUUUGCAGAGCAUCAACCAGACGGAUCAGAUGCUGGUGCACCUGCAGUCUUUCAACUCCGUUCCGGAGAACUACACCAUCCCCGAGAGCACCAAGAACGGAGUUCCGCUCUUCUACAUCCCUCCCGGAUCCACCACACCGGUUCUGUCCCUGCAGCACGGUGGCUCCAAAGACUCGUCGCAGUCACAGUUCGCCUCCUACUGGAAGCCCAUCCUCUCCAUGGAUGCCAAUUUCUGGCAGAGGUGGCUGCACAUGCACCGCAUUGCCAUCAUCCUGGAACACGACAUGCCGGUGCCCAAACACCUGCACACGGCGGGCAACAACGGGCGUUACAGCACCAUCCAAUGUCGCAUCUCCCACUCUGCGCUCACCUCGCUGCUGAGGGACUGGAGCAGCUUCGUUCUGGUCGAGGGUUACUCCUACGUCAAGCUCAUAUACAGUUCCCUGGAGCAGCCCCCCACCUCCUUCUAUCUGGUCCGACUCAUCUCCAAGACCCCCUGCAUGGUUCUGCGAUUGGGCUUUCCCAUCGGAACACCGGCACACGUUCGAAACAAGAUUGUGGACGAGCUCCGCGAGCAGAUCCUCAAGCUCCGCUUCCCGCAUCGCAUUCACAGCAAGGAGGCCACGCCCAAGACCAAGAGGAAGGCGGCAGCGGGACAGCCUUCGCCAUCCAAGUCGCCCGCUCUCUCCACGCCCAAGCAUGCCCUGUCGGACCGGCCGUGCGUUGUGGUGCUCAACAAGCCGCUCGAGAAGCUGCUCAUCAGGUACGAGAAGCUGCCUCCGGACUUCAGGACUCCCUUCAUCUUCAGCAUCGAGAAUACGUCUUUGCAGCCCUCCAGCGGGUCGGCACCCCUCAACGUGGCGGGCAACCGCGCCGCCUCGUCCACACUGGCCUCGCUGUCCCGCUACUUCCUGCACCGACGCUGGGUGUGGGCGGUGCAGAGCAGCCAGGGUCCGGCCGUGGCCAUGCAGGCCGUCGCCCACAUCCUCUCCAUGCUGUCUGAGAUCCGCCUGUCGGAGGGUUUUCAUUUUGCCGCCAGCGGAGACGGCAUCGUCAACAUGGUCAUUGAGCUGCCCAUGAAGGGCACGUCCGCCGACUCUGAGCAAGAGAGUCACUCGUGCAUCGUCCAGUACAUCCUCUUCCCGCCUCACGCGACCUCCACCAAGGACAGCUUCUCCACGGACGACGACAACGACACGGAGGUUGAGGCGGUGGACGUGGACGUGGAGCUCAACGUGGUGACCGAGUGUUGGGUGGAGCCUCAGAGUGGCACCAUCGCCAGCUGCUCGGAGCAACAUCGCCACCUGCUGGGCCUCAGCUACCAGGAAGUGCCUCAAGCCAUCUUCCCCAGAGAUUUAGCCUGCAUGUCCACCAUGAUGACAUUUGAGUACCUGAGUCAGCUGUGUCAGAACAAAGACCAGGUCUGCUCUGUGCCUGCUGGACUCAGGGACACUACAGGAGAUCCUUCUGCCUCAGAGGAGAGCAUUCACAUGGUUCCUUUCCAGUUUGAUCUCAUCCAGCUUCUGCCCAAAUGCCAGCAGGUGGAGCUCUUCUUCCUCACAUUCGGCACAGAGGCGGAGCUGGAGGAGCACCUCUGUAGCGGCCCGUGCCUUCCCAACGAGCUGCUCCUGGGCCUCUUCCACAGCAGCCUGGAACAGGAACUGAGCGACCGCGAGAUUCCCGUAGCCGUUGGCGACCACGCCGCCUUCAUGCGCCACGUCCUUGAGCGCGAGCGCAACGGCCACUGCGCUCCCUUCCCCCUGCCCGUCAUCAAGGCACAAGACUUCACAAGGCCUCUGGAUAGAAAGGAAGUGAUGUCAGCGUUUCACUUAACCGGCAGCAGUAAAGAGAUGACAGAAUCCACCAGCACGUUGCAGAGUUUGGCCAACGCCGACCUGGUUUAUGAUGAGCCUUCGCUGGCGGGGCAGAGCUGCUCGGUGCCCCAGUGGAGGUGUUACGCCAAGCACAUCAGCUCCCAACAGAUCCUGCUCACCUUCCUGCCAGCCACCUUCGCAGAUGUCCUGAUGCUGAUGACCUCUGGGCUGGAGGCGGAGCAUUUGAGUCACGUCAGCACGCAGGACGACGACACGCUGACGCCCGGCAAACAGUCACAGGCCGACUCACCGUCCGGAUCCGCCGGCGGACCGUGCCGGUCCGAGUCCAGCCUGGGUCCAGCCUUCGAGAUGAGGAGGAGUUCAAGCGGCGGGCCCCUGGACUCCACGUCGCCCGUUGUCUCGCCGUCCUUGGAGGAGGUGAGGGGACCUGCCAGGCCCACUGACGCCCUGCCGUCGGACGCGUGGGGUAUCAGGAUGUCCGAAAGCCAGCCCGGAACGCCCGGCUCGUGUCAGUCUACGGCAGGUGCAGAUUUGGUUGACAAAGUUCACUUCUCUGAGCCGCAGCACUACGGUGCGCACGGCGGCAGCGGUGGCAUCCUGGGCCGCCAGUUGUCCCAGCAGAGUUCUGGCACGCAGCUCAAAUGUCCCGUCUAUGUGUACAAUUGCUGCCUGGAGCUGCUCAAGGAGCAGCUGGUACACCCCGCCGCCAGCCGACACCCCCGGGACGUCUUCUUCAGACCUCAAGAGGCUCAGUCUUGGCAGAUGCCUGAGCAGAUGAAGACCAGGUCGCUUUCUCUGGACCGCAGCAGCCCUACGCCUUGGACGGACCUUCUGGCACAGCCUCACAAGCACAAGGAGCUGGCCCACUACUGCAGCUUGCUGCAGGAACACUACCAGCAGAGCUUCGCCAAAGGUGUCUACCGGAGCCUCCAGCAAUCGCUCAGCAUCAGCUCCCAGGACGUCCUGAUGGCCAUGGACUACUGCGAGGAGUCCCUGCAGGAGAUUGAUAUCACGGCCUUCCUGCAGACACUAUGUGGACACAUCCGGGUAUUCCGGGAGAACGGCCAAGCUCCCACGUGGACUCGGCAGCCCAAAGCCGCCGGGAGGUUGGCCACCUUCAUUGUCGGAGAGGCCGAGGAGGAUCGAGCCGAUGUCAAGUCUGCUGUGGCCUCCUCGUCCAGUUUUGAGCUGGAAGACGCCAACGAAGCAGAUUCCCGUGGUCCCGCCCCCCAGCCCCAGCUCGUCCAGGAGGUGUCCAGCAAGCUCCCAGCAUUCCCCCUAGAUUUGCUCCAGACGCAUCCGGCUUGUGACCUGUGCCCAGACGUGCACAAAAUAAUUCAGGAAAAGUUCAUGGCAAUCGUGUUCCAGUAUUUCAAACCUGUGCCUUCCAAUCCACAUUACUUCUAUUACUGCCCGCCGUCUUCCAAGAAGGAGGAGGACUCGGAGGACGGCGAAUUGGAGGUGAGGCCCAACGAAGAGACGGUGUCCGAGGCCGAGCAAGCCACUGAGGAUGAAAUGGCGUCCGGCGGCUGCAUCACCACAGAGAGCGACAACGACUUGGUGGUGGAAUACGAAGAGCAGCCCAGCGGCGGCAGCAUCAGAAGCCUCAGUGGCGGCGAGGACCACUCGCACUCGGACUCCAACACGGUCAACCAGGACCAGGACCAGGACCAGGACCAGGACUCCUUCAGCAUCCUGGAAGAAGGAGACUCACUGCUGGAGGCAGAGGGGCCGCAGAUGGACAUGCCGCCACUCUUCCUGCACGUUACCUGCUCUGUCAACGCCAAGAGCUGCCACGGAUCCACACCCAUACACAGCCUGCCCACCUGCCUAGGUGAGAUCAUUUCCUGCCUGGAGGACGCCAAGGCUUUACAGUCAGUGGACCUGAACGAGCUCUCGGUCACCCUGGACAUCUUUGUCCUCACCCUUCCUCUGGAGAUCGAAGUCAUGUCCGAUUUUCAUCACAACAGGUACACGUCUGAGAGCAGCGUGUCCCUGAACCGUUCACCGGGACAGCCGUCGUCGUAUCGGUCGGACGAGGAGCUGUCGGCCAUGCUGGAGGGGCUGAAGGGAGCUGAUGUGGACAUGGUCUGUGGCGAACCUUUGUCUAAGCUGCCUCUUCCUCACAAGCUGGCUAUCCUGGCUACCAUGGACGAGGUCCGCUGGCUGCUGGAAGACGAGAUCGUGUCGGCGCUGCGCCGCUCACGCACCAUCGGCCCGGCCACGCUGCUUAAGGUGGCGCAGCAUGUGGUUCGCUCGGCCGGGCGGCCGCACUGUCGCAGCGAGGACGUCCCGCUGCAGUUUGUCUUCAGGCCUGAGCAGUCGCUGGACAAGUUCAAGGAGGAGUUCCGUCGUAUGGCACUCUCUGGCUACGUGCUCAACAGUGAGCAGGACAGCUUCUACUAUGUGUCUCUGAGCCGGCUACACCCUCAAAGGAUCCACGUCGUCAAGAAGCUGUCAGAGAGCAUUGCCGCUAACAGAACCCCGCCUCAGGAAGAGUCUGUCUUGGAGAGCAAGGUUGAUCCCGAAGAUGUGGCCGCCAACUUCACAACUGACACCACAGCAGAAUUUGACGAACCGGUCGGAUUCUUGAAAACCGAUGGCGGAAACACACAGAGCUCGGUUAGCCUUCUGCUGCUGAACGAGCCCACCUCGCCCCCCAAGACUCCCUCCAGCGUCAGCCUCGCCGAGUCGGUGCAGUCCGCUUCUCAUGGCUGCGGCAAGCUGAGGCCAAGUCGUGUGCAGAGCGUCAUCUCAAGCCAAGGAAGUUUGGAUUCCGACAUGCAGGGAUAUGAUGGCGGCAGCAGCGACUCUGAGUGUGAAAGUCCCACCCUGGAUGAGCAAGAAAGUCAGACACCUCGGAUGCCCGACUUCUGGCUCAUAGCGAAGAUUCACCAGGACAGAGUCAAGGUCUACUCCCAUUCCAGGAGUGUGAGUGAGGAACGGGAGAUGAAUGGCAAAGAGCAGGAAAGCCGGGAGGACAAGCAAGAGCUGCCGGAAUAUUUACAACUGCAUCAGAUGGUGGUAAAGAAAAUUGGAGAGCUGUGUCGCAGAGUUAACCAGCAUAUGCUGCUGCAGGACCUUCACGACAGCCACGUGUGCAAUUCCCUGCUGGUGGCAGAGAGCGAGGAGGACAUUUGGAAGAGCGAGUCCGCAUACCGGCAGAGGCGCAACACCUCGGACGAUUACCACGCUGAGGAGAGCUACCAGGCCAGAGAUUACCUGGCCGCCACAAUGCACUUCAUCCCUGGACACUUUUCCUGUGACGUGGUGUGGUGUACCGUCAUCCACAUACACCCAAGACUCAAGAUGGGACCUAACAUGGGUGUGUCCAGAGCCAUCCAGGCCUUACGCUCCGUGCUCAACUCCUUCUGUGUGGUCAACAGGAAGAAUAUGUUUGUCUACCAGGAGCGUACCACCAAAUCUGUUUUCUACCUCAGACUUUAUGAGACGUCUCAAACAGGCAAAUAUUCUGAUAUGGACGGCGGCCUCCACACCUCUCGGUCCCUCAGCCUGGCCAGAAGUCAGGAGCCUCUGUUCUCCGAAGACCUCAUGGGUUCCAGGUCGUCUCUGGAGGGUUCUCGUCCAGUGGGCCAGGUGGACAAGCACAUCCUGCUGUUGGUGCAUGGGGUGGGCAAUGCAGGUCCCGAGAUCACGGACGAGCUGUUGAAGGUUCUGCGCAAACGUCUGGAUGAAACCACGCUGGAUAUCAUCACCGUCAUGCUCGUCAGGAACUGCAAGCUGACACCCGCCGACGUGGAGUUCAUCCAGCCGUCAGGCUCUCCCUCCAGCGAGGUGAUGACGUUCGGCCUCCCCGCCUUCUGUCUCCCGUGGCUUUCGGCCGUGUCUCACUACCUCCGCCAGAACCUGCUCAUCUUCCUGCAUGUGCCCAAGUACACAGACAGCAACACGGCGCACCACUUCAAGCACUGCUUUCAUUCGAACACCGACGUGGCGGAUGGCAACAUCUACCUCUACAACAAGCCCGGAGGUCAGGGGACGGGAGGCAAAGGAAUUGCCUGCAUUACUCUGACGUUCGUGGAUGCCACGGGGCACCCCUUUCAGACACUCGCCUCGGACUGCGGCAAAGAGACCAACAGCUGUUCCACCCCGCUGCAGCCGGAACACUUUGAGCGCCUGACCACCGUGCUGAGAGUGAAAACCGAUUCUGUGCAUGACGGCUGGAGCCAAGAGGCGGCAGCAGCGCCACUGCUGGUGCGCUUCGACGUCUGGGAGCAAGGCAACGUGAGCCCGGCGCAGCUGGCCGAUAGGCUGCAGGGGGCGCUGCGACACGCCCUGUGCGAUGUGCUCAUGGAGUUACGUGUGCUGCCCAACCCGCUCUGCCUGCCCUGCGCCAACACGCACACCCCAGGCAAGGACCACGCCAAAGGUGCCUUGAGUCUGCCUGAGGCGAAGGAGGCAAAGGACACACCUAGGCAGCGUAGCGGCUCUCGGGUAUUCAGAACUAGCCCCUCGCCCAUCACCUUAGGGCACCCUGGCAGCGGCGGCAGCGCCACCGCUGGCAUGACGGGAUCCAGCACGCCCGAAUCCACGACGCCCACUGGAAGAAGCACGCGCCGCAGCUUCUGGGACAUUCUGAGCAAACCCGAUUCGUCUGAGCUGGGCAGUCCAAAAACCACGGACGAUAUCGUGCCGGAGCGAGGCGAGGAGGGUCGCGUGGUGCGGCGCCGCCACAAGACAGACAGCGUCAAGCAGCAGUGGUCGCAAGAGAGGCUCGGCGAACUUGAACAGGCACAAAGGAGGCAAGCAUGCCAGCUGGAGCAGGGCGACGUGGGCGCCCUGCAUCCCAUCUACCAGCUCACCUGCCAGCCCUGGAUCACCUUCAUGGCUGAGCUCGGCUGCCCGUCUAUUCAGCAGUGCUCGGCCGAUGUGGCGUCCCACUUCCUGCUGCCUUCCAUCCUGGCCGAGCUGGUCAAUCUGGUGGGAUCGCUGGCUGCCGACACCAACGUCAAGGUCUUCGUCAAGACCAGCUGUCCCGUAUCGGGAGACAUCUUCGUUCCUUUAUCUGCCGUGCAAAACCUGUGGCGUCCUCCCAAGGCCUCCUGCAGCUUCAUCAUCAUUGGGAGGAACUUCCAACAGUGGUACUGCAGCACCGAGCAAGAUGAGAGUUUAGAGGAGGAAAACGUGGCGCCGCUUAAUAGGUUCACACCUCACAAAGGCCUCCAGCGCUUUGAGGCCUCUGAGCAGCAACAACAGCAGCAGGGUGACUGCUCCAGCCUCUCGGGACAGCAGCAGCAGCAGCAGGCGGGCUGGGCGUCAGCACCGGCACCCCGCCAGAGGUUCCUCCUCAUUCGCAUCUUGGACAAAAAGGUGACGCUGUACAGCUACAACUGGUCGGUGGACCUGGGCGCCUCACUCAACCGCGAGCUGGUCCGCCUGGUCAAGUGGCAGAACGCAAGGGCCCACGUGCUGCACUGCCUGCUCAGCCAGAAGAUGGGCCUGUUCCAUCACCACUGCUUCUCCGACGCGCCGCUCCACGACAUCCAUUCCAAGCGGGACCCCAACCCCUUCCUGGGUCCAUCCAUGGAGCCGGACACACUUCUCCGUAGCCCCGUGCCGCCCCUGGCCAGCAAAGAGCAGGGUCGCCUGGCAUCCUCGGGCCGCAGCCUGGCCCCGCUUCACUUCCCCUCCGAGCUGCUGCCCUUCGACGAGGCUCUGAGGGACGUGUGCGCUAUCAAGGCGCUAACGGAUGGGGACGCCGUCGCGCGGCAUGGCGGACAGCUCUUGGACAUCAAAGCGGCUGAGAGGAGAGAGCUGGAGAAGCAGAUGAAGAUUGAGAACCUGUUUGUGACGUGGCAGCAGCGGUCGGCACAGUCCAACAUGCCCAUCGCGCUGGCUGACUUGGAAACCCUAAAACAGUCGUCCCGCCUGGUCCACUACUGCGCCACGCCGCUGCUCUUUGACCCUCUCUUCCGCAAGCAGAUUCAGGAGGAAUUAGCUGCUCAGCCGCCCGUCAAGAAGCGUCACCGGUCGAACGACUCGACGGCGUCGGGCCGCGACCGCAGCUACAGCAGCGACUCUGGUGACAUGCUGCCCGGCCGGCUGAAGGAGGAGCCCUGGCUGCUGGACAUCUCCAGCGGCUUUCUGCAGCAGUACGUGCAGUACCUGCAAAGCUUGGGCUUCAUCCUGGUGCAGGUGCGCCCGCAGUCGCCCGCUCGCAGCAUCGCCCGCGCCCGUGCCGCCAUGUUGAGCUCCAUGUCGUCCGAGGGCAGGAUGUCCUUCUCCUACGUCAAGCAGAAGAGCGAAGACAGCCCCAAGACAACUGUGUCCGCCACCACCGCUUACCACCUUCAGAGGGCGCUGCCUGGCGGGAUCGUGCUGAUGGAGCUGGCUUUUCAGGGUUGCUACUUCUGCGUCAAGCAGUAUGCACUGGAGUGUUCUCGGAUCCCCAUGGGCCAGUCGGUCAACUCACAGCUCUCCAUGCUCUUCACCGAGGAGUGCGACAAGGUGCGCGACUUGAUGCACGUGCACUCGUUCAGCUACGACUUCCACCUGCGGGUAGUCCACCAGUACCUGGUGGGCUGCCACAUGACGCUGCGCCAGGGCUACCAGCUCACCGACUUCCUCAGAGACUUCAUCGUGCAGCACCCCGACAUCCCCAAGUUCGGACGCAACCACGUCUUCCAAGGGAGUUUCUCCACCUCCACGAGGAUGAUCACGGCCCAUCAGCUGUACAACUACAUCACCGACCACGCCAGCAUGUACGGCAUGAAGCCCCUGCGCAUGUCCAAGGCCGCCGUCACCACCGAGGCCAAGAAGGCCGCGCCGGACCAGCACGAAUACGCUCUGGUCGCCUUGUGGAACAGCUCGGGUUCUUACAAGGACCUGGAGGGCCUUCAUCACCAUGACGACUUUGACGUUUCACUGGUGGUGUGUCACAAUGCUGCUCCCUUUGAGGAACAGUCGGAGGGAGAGAGACACUUGCUGAGGUUGCACUUCUACGUGAUCAUGACGAGCCAGCGUGAGCUCUUCCCCCGUCUCACAGCUGACAUGCGGCGCUUCAAGAAGCUUCCUCCGAUCCACCGUGAGCCCGGCGAGCUGGGCGGACGCCCCGCCCUGGAUCGAGCGGAGGCCUGCACGUCCCCCAGCGGCGAGCGGGACCUCUGGGAAGAACCCACCAGGUCCGGGUCCGAGGCCUGCACGCCCAGCGACGGCAAUGAGUUCUAUCCUUUGGUGGGCGCCGCCGUCCGGUCCCAGGGAUUGCUCGACCCGUCCCCGCUGUUCCCACUGCUCAACAGUGAGGUGGCCGCCGCCCGCCGGCAGAUCCAGGCCAGCGUGGAGGAAGCCAUGGGGCACUGCCGUCGCGACAACCUGUGGAGGAGGCUGUUCCACGGCGAGCACCUGGCACUGGACAAGCUGAAGCUGACCAAGUUGUCCUUCUGCGAGCUGGAGGAGCUGCUGGGGUCUGUCCAGAGCCGCUCUGUCGGGGACAUCGACCCCCAGCUGGACUGCUUCCUGAAUAUGAGUACAACCUGGUACCAGAGUCUCAUUAAAGUCUUGCUUGGCCGAUUCCCUCAAAGUUGUCGCCAUUUUGACGACGGCGGCAUUCAAUACCUGGCUGUUCUGAACCAGAAGUUCACGGACUGCUUUGUUUUGGUCUUCCUCGACGCCCAAGCUGGCAAAACGAGCCUGAAGGUAGUUUUGCGAGAGCCGCUGCCGCCGCAGCCACAGGACGGCGGCAGCCCGCCACCUCAGCUGGUCUCCAUGUACCAUCACCUGGAGUCCGUCAUCAACACGGCCUGCUACAACCUCUGGACCGGACUCUUAUAACCAAUGCUCCUUCUCCCUCAACUUCAUCCCGGAGUUGAAGAAAAAGCCAGUUUGCGCCGGAUGUUGUUAGCAAGCUGGCUAGUUCCAGAAGCUGCGUCAUGGACUGCUAGCAUUAAGCUAAGCUGCCGGAAAACAUUUUUAAAUUAUUUUGGCAUUUGUCCAUCAUAUUUUUUAAACUAUUCUUGAAUUUGGACUCCUUUUGGGUCCUGUCGGUCUGCAAGGUGUGUUCCACGCUUAGGAAUGAUCGACAAGGCGGUGCGUGGAAGUGUUGCGGCUUUUGUACUCAAUGCUGAAAAACUGGACACGACAUUCCCACAUGAGCAGAGUCCGGAAUGAAUUUCAACACGUGAGACUUUCCAUCCAGCCAUUUCAAAGGCAGGCUGCACCCUGGCUUGGUCGCCCGGUCAAUCACAGGACCACCAUAACGUACGUUCAGACCUGGUACCACGGAACUUUUCAUCUCUUGAUCAACAUCAAGGGGGAAGCCAGAGUCUAUGACUGACUGGUUUUGGACCCUGGAUUGGUCACCAGUCCAUCACAUGACCACCACACACGUCAUACAGUCAUUGAGUGUGAAAUGGAAAAGUGGUUAAAAAUGUGCCCUACCAAGACCACCACCACCCCGGACACAGGUCUGCAGUGUCCUUAAGCAAGACCCUGGUACCCCGAACUGGUUCCCGGGCAGUUAAGCAGCACCCUGCUCCACUAACUGUGUGCGUUUGCUGUGAUGGUUCAAAUUUCAUUUACAUGACCCAAAAAAAAAAAAAAGAGAGGAUCUCCGUCUGAAUGUUUCGGCACUUAUAUUGCUCAGAUUGAGACCAGAGUCGAAGACUGACUGACUGAGGACCUGCAUGCUCCCCCAGUCCCUGAAAAGGACAUGUUGGAUUCCUCAUCCAUCGUGCACGUUUCCUGUUCAGGGGCAAGUCAGAAUCUCUGACUGCCAGACUGUGGACUCUGGCUUGGAUCUGGACUGCGGACAUUUAGUGCCUUGUGCUGGACUUUGCUACCACGUCAGUGUUUGUUCUGGGAUUACAGCCCCUUACAUUUUUUGCUUUUCACUGCCCAAAAGUGCCUUGCUAUUUCUUUUUUUAACUUUUUGAAGCACAAAGUCUGAUGAGGACAUUUCCAGAGGGUUUUGGGGGGGGGGUUUCUCCCCUUUGUCGUUAAUGGCAUAAUGCUCAAUUGUGCCACUGUUAGCCAAAUGUACAUAAACACACGCGCGGCGAGCUGAAGGAUGUCAAACACUGGAGGCCGUAACAGAAACUUCAACUGUAUCACCCGUGUCCUAAGCACUGUACAUUGAGACUACAGCUAAUGAUUAUUUAAUAAUUCUUUUGAAUGAUUUAAACAUUUAAAUGUCAAUCCCUUUAUUUAAAUACAGGACUUCAUUUCAAAUUAACAGUGCAGAAAACAAAUCAAUUGUGAUCUAGUUAUUCGGGUCCGUGACGGAAAAUAGGCAAAAAUGUUGAUCACUCUUUUCCAGAGUAAGAACAAAUGUUUUAUUCAAAACAAAGAAUCAGUCAUGGAGGACAACAGGCAAUUGGAGAAUAUUGACACUGAAGCCUAAAUGCCGAGGAUGAGGGCAGUUUUUAAUUAAAGCUAUCAAAACAAUUAAUUGCUUAUCAAAAAUAAUUGUUGAUGAAUUUAAUAAUAGAUUAACUGUGGGUGAAUCAUUGCAGCUCUUCUAUACUGUAUCUAUUUGGUAAACGAUACAGGCCACUUCAUGCACUCUGACAAAUGCUCAAUAAAUCAGACAAACGUUCAUUCAA